AUGUCGCAAACACCUAAACAACAACCAAGUCGUGAAGGUGAACAUCGAGACGAAACAAGCAAUAAACAAUGUGGACAGCCUAAAAUAUCGCGGACCGGGGGAAGACCCUUGUGUGAAGUUGUAUUCAUUGAUCCUCAUAGAUCGAAAAAACGAACAGUUAAUGCAAAAGAAUCAGUUUCAGCAGCUCCAAUAUCACUAAGGGAUGCAAUAACAAAUCUGUCGUUGCAAUUUCAGAAUACUAUCGGACGAAGUGUUGCUCCAGAGAGAGGUGCAAAAGAUAAUUCAUCCCGAAAUCGUUCGAAUAAUCGCAAGUCUAGGCGACAACGAUUGGAAAUCUCAUCACGAGUCGAUUCUCAACGAACCCAAAAGUCACCAGUUUUUGGAAAACCAAAUCCUAGACAAAUAUCACGCGAAAUGAUGGCACCGUUGCAGGGAAGUCAACUAUUGAAUAGAAUUCCGCGACGAGUUCGAGAUGGUGACCAUAAUCUUUACCAGCAAGCAGCACUGUUAGCCGGUUCACUCGAAGAAUUACCACAGGAAGGAGGAACCUACUUAUCAUCUGGAAGACAUCAGGCAUUAAUGGAACAUGGAAAGGCGGAUGAUUCAACCAGAUCUGUAUAUCCAGCUAUUUCUCCAGUUUUACUUGGACGAUCUCCUUCUCCAAAUAUUCGUGAUUUUCCUCGAGCUGUUUUUCCAUUGCCUGGAUUUAGUCCAGGAUUUGGAGGGAUACCACCCGGUUUCUAUCUUCCGCCUCAAGCAGCAUCCGGAACUGGUGCACCACCUGGAUUUUAUUUACCGCUUCAGGCAACACCAGGAAAUGGUAUGUCACCCGGAUUUAUGCCACAUGGGUUCUGUCCACCACCUGGUUUUAGUGCAGUACCUAGAUUUUAUCCACCGUCUCUGGUUGCAACUGGAAUUAGUACGCCACCCGCAAUUUAUCCAUUUUCUCAAGCAGCACUCGGAACUAGUACAUCAUUGGGAUAUCUUCCACGACCUCAGACUCUACUCGGAACUGGUGCACCGUAUGGAUUGUAUUCACCACCUCAGAGUGUACUUGGACCUGGUGCAUCACCCAGAUUUUAUCCACCAGCUUAUCCAACACUCGGAACAUCUCCAAUGUUGUCUACUUCUCAGCAACCUUUGGGUCAUGAAAAAUCGGACCAAACAUCGGUAGCACCUCAACCAAUAACCCCUUCAACCGAGCCUCCAGUUAGUAGCGAAAUUUUCGGUUCAAUGCUAAGUGCUUCAACUUCUGCCGCGACUACCGCUCUUCCACCGACAUUGCCAGCUGGAUCACCACCUCAGGUUCCCUUUAUACUGAAUCAUUCAUAACAGUUGUAUCAUUCAAACCUGAAA